AUGUCUGAAAUAGAACGAAAAGGAACCAAAGCUGAACAUAAUGGAAACAGAAGCAAAAAAGAACGAAGCAGCUUAGGCCUGUCAAAGGUUUUAGAAGAGGGACGAACACUAAGAGUGGGACUUUUGGUCAAAAAAUUUGGUAAGCAGGGCUCAGGACGCAGUGACUUUACUCUGCCUAGUGGAGUCCAUGCCACACCUCAAGGUCAGCUGUUUGUAGUUGACUGUGGAAAUGUCCGUGUGCAAGUAACAGACCUACAGAAAAACAUUGUGCAGCAAGUGACUCUACCAGCAGUGGACUCAAGCUCUCGGCACUGUCGCAAUUUUUUUGAUGUUGCUGCUAACUCCAAGGGCUUGAUAGCCCUGACAUGUGCUGCUGAACGUGCAGUGCUGGUCUUUAAUCGCCAUGGUCGACUUUUGCAGACCUUUGGGGGCUCCGGUACACAGCAAGACUUUGAGGCUCCAAGAGGUGUCACCGUAACAAGGCUGGAUGAGUUUCUAGUUGCCGAUAUUCGACGAGGCACUUUGACAACUCUCAAACUUGACCCAAAAACAGGAACCAAGAUAGAGCGCACUGUAGUCACAGGUUUUCACAGGCCCUAUCUUGUGGCAUCAUGUCUCACUACAGGCCUCAUGGCUGUCUCUGAGAGGGGCAAUGAAACUGGACGUGCAGCUUGUAUAAGGGUGCUGGAACCUGGUUGGAACACCAUUCGCACCGUGGGCGUAUGCUCUGGCAUGGGACCUGUGCUUACCAGCCCUUGGGGUAUAUGCAUUGAUGGAGAUGGAAAUGUUCUUGUGGCAGACUGGGGCAAGCAGCAUCGUGUGUUGCUGUACCCUGCAGUUGGUGUGGGUCGGGAUAUUGUUAGCCAAGGCCUUAGCAGCCCUAGAGGCCUUGCUUUGCUGCCUGAAGGUCACCUUGUGGUCUCAGAUAGCAUGAACCACUGCAUUAAGAUUUACCGCUACAAGUAA